GUGGUGUUCCACAACUAAAAACAUCAUGAAAGGAGACGAACUUGCAGCCUGUGUGGUGGAUUUGCACUCACAUCUUCAAACACCAGCCCAAACUCCCUACGGUCAAGGGAUGUACCCGGCCCGACAGCUGGACGGCAUUCAACUCCUUCCUCAGCAAGCAUCCAUGGCGUCCAUACUGCCCGGCGCUAUCAUCAACAAAGACAUCUUCCCCUGCAAGGCUUGUGGCAUCUGGUUUCGGAGUGAAAGAAACCUCCAGGCCCACCUUAUGUAUUACUGCAGUGGGCGACAAAGGGACCCUGAGAUGGUGGCAGAGAAAAACACCAAUAUCAGCCAUCAAAUGCUCCGCAAUUGCACAUACCCCCAAUGCAAUAUGAGCUUUGCAGGCUCGCAUGCCUUGGAAAUGCACUUAUCCACACAUAACAGUCUCAAGUUAGAUGAGAUAACCACUGGAAGCACCUUGAAAUGCACAAUUUGUGGCUACACUGCAGAAACCCUUAUGGUACUCCAGCACCACAUCCUCUCCCAUCUGUCCCAAACCGGCCUGAGAUGUGGUCACUGCCAUUUCACAUUCCAAACCCCCAGAGAACUGGUCAAACACCAGGAGCUGCAUGGACAUAGCUGUACGGUCAACAAACUCAAAGAAGACAAAGCUGAUAACUCUCCUAGCAGCACUGCAGGCAGUCCUCAACAAGUCAGAGCUAAUGCAAACACGAAAGACCUUCAGGAAAGCACAGUACAACGUGAUAUAAUUCAAAUGUCAGAGCUGGAAAGCACGGAAAGUAUCCAGACAUCCACUAAGGGUGAGGGAAAUUCAAGAAACAAGGCUAGUGUUUCAUACUCCAGAGUAAAGUCAGAACCUUCCAGUCCCCGUUUAGCCUCUUCACCCAUUCAACACCACCUGCCUCCUGCAUUUCCCUUACCCCCCUUCAUACCACAUGCCCCGUUCUCACAGGAUAUUACGGUGGGCCCGCAAGCAUCUGAGAUACUGGCCAAAAUGUCAGAGUUAGUCCAUCGCCGGUUACGUCACGGGGGAAAUUCUUACCCUCCAGUCAUGUACAGCACACUUGUGCCAAAAGGGGCAACAUGCUUUGAAUGCAAUAUCACCUUCAAUAACCUUAAUAAUUAUUUGGUGCACAAGAAGCACUACUGCAACAGUCGAUGGGAAAACACACACAAGCCACAUGACUUCCCUGGACUUCUGGAUAAACCAGCAGGCACUGUAAGCCCGAAAAUCGGAGCUAGUUUAGCUGUUAUGCUAAAUGCCGGCCAUCCCUCUGAAGUGAAAGGGCAUGAGCCUAACCCUUGCAAUCCCAUUGCAGGUGGAAAAGUGACAGAUGAACUGUCGGUGCAAGUUAAAAAAGCGUCAACUCCAUCUGGUGCACAGGAGAGACCAAAUGGUACACAGCUGGAUUUACAAAACCAGAAAAUGCCACCCACCGAAACGGACCCCAACCACACAACAUGCGACGCCUGCAAGAUCACUUUUAGUCGACAUGAGAACUACAUGGUGCACAAGCAGUAUUACUGUGCCACUCGGCAUGAUCCUCAAGUGAAACGCGCAAACAAUAAAGGAGCAGCCAAUCAGAAGACAGUGCGUCCUCGUAAAAGAAGAAAGGCAUAUGAGCUGGCUACUCCUGAACAAGAACAAAUGCCUCUUAUGGGUAUGCCAUCAUUUCUUGGUAUGCCCACUAUAGGAGGUCCAUACAUGUCAAAGGACACAAUGGAUAGCUUCAGGGACCAUCAGAGAUACAACAUGAUCCAGGGGUUAGUACCCAAAUAUCCAGAGGCUUCAUUGACAGUCACAAAAUCAGCUCUUGUGUCAAAAUGUAAUACAAUCCUCAAGGAAGAAGGUGAUGCACCUAUAGAUCUCAGUAAAAAAUGCAUGCCACAGUUUGGCAACACUUCGGUUUCCUCUAAAGGACUUAUGGAUUAUCAUGAGUGUGUUGUGUGCAAGAUAAGCUUCAACAAAGUUGAGGACUAUCUCAAGCACAAACAGAACUUCUGCCCAGGUACUAUUUUGCAAAACACUUCCACUGAGAACAAAAGCAUCAAAAAGGAAGGUCCUAGAAAUACUAGCACCCUUUUAGAGAGUGCCCUCUUUGAGCUCCCAGCUCUACAUGGAAAGAUUGAGCAUCCAAAUGCAACUUCUGACAUCCAAGCUUCCAGUGAGGAACAACAAAUCCCAAUCAAAGUUGACAUGAGGAGUGUGUUUCAGCCCUCUGGUGGUUACCCAAGUCCUGCUAAGAAAAUGAGACCCGAUGAGCAAAUCUGGCCUUACUAUGAAAUCAAAGCCACUGAUUACGCUACAGGGAUGCUGGUCUCACAAAGCGAACGGAGGCAGAGUCCAAAUGAGGGCAGUGAAGGGGAAAAAGACCAGCCGAUGCCUGAUGGUAGCCAUCUUAGCACAGAUGACCCUAAGAAUCAGAGCAAGUCUUCAUCCUUAAAGGACAAUCUUGACCUUGAGGACAAGAUGAAAGAUGCUGGAAAUAAACAACAUGGUUCCCCUACACCGGCGAGCCAUGCAGACAGUCCCAUCAACUGUAAGGAAAGCACAAUGCUGGUGCCAUCUUUAAAGACUGAGGAAGUCUCAACAAGCUUCAAAAGAGUGUUGAAUGGGUCCAUUGUCACCACAAGUAACGUAAAGUACUGCCGUCCAUGUGACAUCCAGUUCAACAACCUCUCAAACUUUAUAACACACAAGAAGUUCUACUGCUCGUCACACACAGCAGAGCAUGUGAAAUAGUGGACCUGCACCAUGUCUUAAAUCUAGUCCACAGCAGUAUAAAAGUUAGAGCUGUUAACCAGCAUCACAUCUUGAGUUCACAUGGCCCGGCACAUUAUAAAGGCGGGCCCAAGCCCCUAAACAUGUAAUAAAUGUAAA